AUAGACCCUCUAUCUAAACCAACUCACUCGAAACGACUACGACCUGCUGUUCACACGACCAACAGUCUACCAUCUACCACCGUCAGCAAAAACAGAACACCAACAACACUACCACACCAAAGUUACCCUCCCACACUGGGAGUGACUUCACCAACACCAUUCCGUACCUUGGGAACAACGUCACAACGGCUUCCCCAAAGUCUAUUCUGAAGAACUCACCCACAUCAUCUCCCAAGAUGCCUUCCGCACGCACAAACCAACCGACCAUCGUUCACUCACGGCCUUCCACGGCCAAGAAGGAGCGUGUGGUCGGCUUCUACGAGGACCCCGUCGACUCUUUCUCCCGUCCUGUCAACACUGCUGAGAGCUGGGCCGCCUACCACUUCGAGAUGCACGCCAGGAAGUGUGCUUACUGCCACAACCCCUACGAAGUCCACCGCAACCACGAGCAACUCUGCGAGGUCGGUCACGGCCUAGCCCAACAAGUGGCCCGCUACAUCUACCAAAAGUCGGACGGAGCCACCUACUCAACUGUCGAGGAAGACAACAAGCUCGUCCGUGUAGAGAUCCCAGCCGGUUACGUUGAAGUCUGCAGCCUCCUCAAGGCCAUUGAGCGCAGCAUCCGUCACCGAUCCCGCAAGCCAUUUGUCUCCAUGGACCGCAGCUACUACGUUGCUCCCCGCACAGCACCCGCCUCUCCCCGACGAAGCCACUCCGUCAAGGUUGACCAAGAAUCAAAGACCAAGACAAAGUCAUCAUCACGAUCACGCAACGGUGAGAUCGUCGACUGGCCACAGCACAGCACCAGCCGACCAAAGCGACCACUUGCCGAGAUUAGCAACACUCCCAGCUCCAAGCGCGGCUCCCUCUACGAGGAGGACCUGGCUAAGCAGCGCCGAGCUGCAAAGCACUACGCUGUCGAGGUCCGCGAGCCAUCGACACGGGACCUUCGCGAGCACCGGUCGUCUGGCUACUACCGAUGAAUGAUGACUUGAAGACUUUCUUUGCGCCUUACGAAAUACGAUCUAUUGAAUAAUACGAUACCCACACUACCAUCUACGGCUACGAGGCCUAGCGGCCGCGCGGUCGAACACUCCGAUCCCACCACGACAUCCGCGGGCGGACGCUGCAAAAGCUCCGCGCCGGUGCGCGCCACCACCACCAAACACACAUUCAUACAUGCUUUAUCGCACGCUUUGCUUCUGCGUUGCUUAUACAUGCUCUUGGGUAGUGCAGGAUAACGGUGGAAUGAUACCUUGAGAGGAUCAAACAGUUGCAUGCCUCCACCUUUGCGGUGUUGAGGGGGGAAUGGAUGAUGCACGCCAGGGUAAUAGACCCUGAUGAUGCGGAGGAUACUUGGAAUGACGUUGCUGGCCCGAGACUAAGGGAUCUGGCUAGAUAGCUAAUAAUGGAAAUAAUUCAUAAUCACC